GGAUCCUCUUGGCUAGCUGAAUUUUUUGCUUUUAGUGCAUUCUGGGUGAUCCCCACCAUAUCAACGGUUUAGAUCACUAAUCCAUGGGCCCCACUUUUAGAAAACGAGAACCCGAACACCUUCCUUGUAUAAUCCCCUUCAUUUCUUUCUGCGUUGAAAUUGAAGUGUGACCUCCUGUCGUCGGUGACAGAGAGAGUGAGAGAGAGAUGGGGUGGGCCAUCGCGGUUCACGGUGGGGCAGGCGACAUACCACUGUCGUUGCCAGCUCACCGCAGAGAGCCGCGCGAGGCCUCUCUCCGCCAUUGCCUGCAAAUCGGCGUCUCUGCACUUAAAGUCAACACAGCUCCCUUAGACGUCGUUGAGCUCGUGGUUCGUGAGCUAGAAAAUAUUCCACAUUUCAAUGCUGGUAGAGGUUCUGUUUUAACUACCAAUGGGACGGUUGAAAUGGAAGCAUGCAUUAUGGAUGGAACAAAAAAAUGUGGAGCUGUUUCAGGUCUUUCCACCGUUGUUAAUCCCAUAUCUCUUGCACGGCUUGUAAUGGAGAAAACUCCUCAUAUUUAUCUGGCAUUUGAUGGAGCAGAAGCAUUUGCAAAGGAACAAGGUGUUGAAACUGUUGAUGCAAGCCAUUUCAUCACUCCAGAAAACAUCGAAAGGCUAAGUCAAGCAAAAGAAGCCAACAGAGUGCAGCUUGAUUACACGCAACCAUCGCCUCCAAAAGAUGAACCACAGGACCCUGCAGCCAAUGAAGGAGAUGGCCAAAUCGGGACUGUUGGAUGUGUGGCUGUUGACAGGCACGGAAACUUAGCUACCGCAACUUCCACAGGCGGGUUCGUGAACAAGAUGGUGGGUAGGAUUGGCGAUACUCCAGUCAUCGGUGCGGGCACAUAUGCCAACAGUUUCUGUGCAGUCUCAGCAACAGGCAAAGGUGAGUUCAUCAUCAGGGCCACUGUGGCCCGGGACGUUGCUGCCCUUAUGGAGUACAAAGGACUCUCUCUCAAUAAAGCGGCUGCUUACGUUAUAGAACAGUGCACUCCAGAAGGCACUGCUGGCUUAGUUGCUGUUUCUGCUACAGGAGAAGUCACAAUGCCAUUCAACACAACAGGCAUGUUCCGUGCAUGUGCUACCGAAGAUGGGUACUCUGAAAUCGGAAUAUGGCCUUCUCUCACUGAUUCUGCUAUUUAGGAGGGAAAAAAAGGUGAGGAUUUAUAAGAGUCCUGACCCUCGGUAUGCACAGUAACCUUGUAGCCUCAAGUUUGUACAAGUGGGUUUCAUGGCAAGGAGAUCAGAUGCGUUGAUCUAAAAGGCUCUGAUGUGGAUGGACUCCCCACAAACUUCCUAAUCCUUUAAUUGGCAAAGCACCAUAUUCAGCAGAAAAGAAGACUUAAAAAGGGUUGGAAAAUUAUGAUCUCUUCCAAUCUGGGAGUUUUUGGCAUAUCCUGCCUACCCAUAUUGGAUUCCUUCAGGACAAUGGUCUGGGUAACAAAGCUAUGGGCCCCACUCAUGCAAACUCGAUGCUUGAGGACACUUUAUAUGCUCAACACGAGGAUUGAAUAAAAAUAAAAACUAUGGAUUUUGUGAAUUUCAAGUUGGGUUUGUGUAGAAUGGAUCACAGAUUCUUGGGCUAUAAAUGACAAUUUGAAUGUAAUGGACUGCCAUUGAUUAUAUAAUUCCUAUUAGGGUGA